ACAAUAUUUUUAACGCUGAGAAUAUGGAAAGUAGGUUUAUUAUGAUUGUAUAAUGUAUUAACCAAAACUUCUCCGAUUAUUUUCUUUAGUUUUUUUUUUCUAAUUGAACCUUACUACUACUAAAAAUAUCAAACGUCGCUUAGGAAAAAAAAAAAGAAAACCCAUUUCACAAAAAUAAAAGAUUGGAAAACGAAGCCCUGGUUUGACGUUUGCAUUGUUCACAAUCAAUUUGUUGAAUACUGUUGCGUUCGUUCGCUUCCAAAGUUGGCGUCGAGAUGGCGCUUCCAUUACAUUGAACGUUCUAUAUAAGCAACUCAUUUGAACAAAUUUUAAUAGAAAAGUUUCUUAUUAGGAAAGAAGGAGUAUAAAAAUAUUUCCCGUUUGCAAAAUAUUGUUACUCUUACCAACUAAACUGUAGAGAAGGAAAAGUUAUUAAUUAUAUUCGAAAAAAAAUUAAACAAUUAAAUCCUUCGUUUAGUACAGUACUAAUUGCCAAAACAACCAAAAACAAUUACAUAUAUUUGUUCAUGAUGGCUUUUCCUAUCUUUCUUGUUCUUUGUAACAAAAGAACCUCAUCGCAAAUUAAAAGAAUUUAUAACAUCAUUGAUGCUUUGAUUGGAGUCAUCCGAUGUUUUUCAUUUUGUUCUUCUUCAACCUCCGCAUUUUCUUCAAGGUUAAAUAGAUGACCUGCCGCGCUUGUUCCACUUUGAAAUUCGGGUUACUAGCAAAAUUAUUCUCAGACCCAUAACAAGUUGCAUUAUCUACUAAGAGAAGGGCUUUUACAAGAAGGUUUUUUACAUUCUAAGCGUCGAGAUUUAUUUAUAAGCAUUUUUAGUUAAUGUUAUAUACUGGCAAAUCCAUAUUUUUGAAGCAACAAGAUUUCCAUUUCCCUAUCAUCAUCGAAUCUAAUUAAUGCGUACCUAUAGCGUUGACGCAUGGCAUAAUUGAAACCCUUUCUUCCAUUGCUUUUCUCCCAACAGUGGAUUUUUCAAAAUUUGUAAUGUUAGUUUUAUUCGGCAAGCUUUCAUAGACGAAACCAGUUUGUUCAAGCAAAAAGUCAUUUUCAGCGAUAUAAUUUUCAAAUUUAUGUUUAAAUGAAUUAGCUAGCUUCUUAAAGCAAGACAUACUCUCUCCACAGACAAAAUCCGUUGGCGAUUUUUAAAUUUCCACCCAUUCAACCAUCCUUCAUUUGCUACAAAUGAUUUUGGUCCGUUAUUUAAUCUGUUUACUUAGGGUGCUUUUAAUUUUAUCAUUUUGUUUGGAACUACAUUGUCGCCGGCUUCAAGAACCAAGUAUUUUAUUGUCUUCAUUCCUUGAAUCUUGCUUCUUGAAUGUCCUUUGUUUUCUUACAAUUUUCAAUGUCCUUUAAAAUGGAUAUCUUUUAACGAAAUUUAACGUCGUCUUUUUUUUUCUGCUUCAUAUUUUAUGGUCGAAUUUAAAGCAUAGAAAUAUUAAAUAAUUACCAGAAAUUAACAGAAUUCAAGUAACUAUUCUAUUUAACAGAAAUACUGUCAGCACAAAACAUACUCCAAUAAAAAAAAAUGUUACAAUUUGAGGUUAUGUUGUUGAGAACAUCUGAUUCUAUUUCCGUUGGGCCAAAAUUGACUGAAAUAAAUAGUUUUAAAAAAACCAAUCGCCAACACAGAAAGUGAAGUUGCUUCUAUAGAGGUUGUUUAUAUUGAGCGUUGACUAUAUUAAUAUUUUAUUAUUCAUGCGCCACGUCGUUGGUAACUAACCAACACCGGCAGGAUUCCCGGUACGAGGCAGGGCUUCUUAUCGGGGUCGUUAAAACCACACCGACGAGGUAUUGCCCAACGUUACGCAAAAGUGUAACACGCGCUUUCUCGCGAAUUUUCUUCGGCAAAGUUUGACCGCACGUAAGCCACGCGAGACGCGGCGACGAUCUGCGCGAAGCUUUGGAGGUCACCUUGGCGAUCCUGGAGCGGCCGCCGGCGUCGAUAUCGACUCUCCGGUCGCAGUUAAAAGCGCGCCUGAAACCGUGCGAUAACGGCACGCGGUUUUCUAAUAAACGAAACGGGACGUCUUUGACGAAGCGGUAGUAGUAGGCCGUGGAUUUUCAUCAUAGAGACUUUCGGGUCGGUUGUGCUUGUGGAUCAGUGACGUUGAACCGCGAAAAAUUUUGUGUAGGGUCACCGACAUGGGGGAAGUGAAAGCCAUAGGGGGCUGCGGGAAACUUGCCACAAGGUAUGUGCUCGCUGUCCUGGGUUCAAUCGGGAUGGGCAUAGUAUACGGCCUCAAGGUCAACUUACACGUAGCCAUUGUCGGCAUGGUAAACCACACGGCGCUCGCGACGUCCGGCCCCGCCCACGGCGGCGCUGCCGCCGACGACGGUACCGCCUCCGAGACUCCGGAGGACGGUCCGUUCGAGUGGUCCAGCAACGUCCAAGGUGUGCUACUCAGCGCUUACUUCUGGGGCUACAUGGUGGCCCAGAUACCGGGCGGCAGGAUAGCGGAACAGUUCAGCGCAAAGUGGGUGAUGCUCUUCUCGGUCGCCAUCAACGUCAUCUGCACUCUUUUGUCUCCCUGCAUGGCCGAGUUACACUACGCCGCCUUGAUUGUCAUGAGAGUGGGAGAGGGGAUCGGCGGAGGCGUGACGUUCCCCGCGAUGCAUGUCAUGCUCGCGCACUGGGCCCCGCCCAACGAGCGUAGCGUCAUGAGCAGUAUCGUAUACGCGGGUACCGCUCUCGGGACAGUCAUUUUCAUGCUCGUAUCCGGUCUGAUAGCCGGCGCCAUAGGCUGGGAAUACGUGUUCUACAUAGAGGGAGGCGCGAGCGCCAUCUGGCUCGUGCUGUGGAUCGUUCUGAUCGCGGACACGCCUCAGCAGCAGCGGUUCAUCACCCCGGAGGAACGCGAGUAUAUCGUGAAAUCGCUGCACCAGGACCAAGACGACGCUCAACCGAAAAAAAGGAAACUGAAAAUGCCGUGGAGAGCGGCGAUGACGUCUCCUGCGUUCUUGGCCAUCUUGAUAGCGCACACGUGCUCGAAUUGGGGCUGGUACAUGGUCCUGAUCGAGCUGCCGACGUACAUGUCGAGCGUGUUGAAGUUUAAGAUAUCGCAGAACGCGGUGCUGACGGCGUUGCCGUUCCUCUGCAUGUGGAUCUUCUCCAUGGUGCUCAGCAAAACGUUGGACACGCUCAGGACGAAAGACGUGAUUUCGACGACGACAGCGCGCAAGACGGCGACCGCCUGCGCGUCCAUCGUGCCCAUGGUUUGUUUCCUGCUAAUCUGCUACGCGGGUGACAACACUACGGUGGCCGUGGUCCUGAUGACCGUCGCGGUCAUGUCGGUGGGCGGAAUGUUUUGCGGAUUCCUGAGCAACCACAUAGAUAUCGCGCCCAACUACGCUGGCACGCUGGUAGCCGUCACCAACACCGUCGCCACCAUACCGGGGAUUACGGUGCCGAUCUUCGUCGGAGAACUCAUCAAACAUGACAGCUCCAAGCAGUCUUGGAUCAUAAUCUUCUGGGUGACGAUCGUGCUGUACCUGAUCGAGGCAAUCGUUUAUUUGAUAUUUGCGUCCGGUGAGGAACAAAGUUGGAACAAAAUCGAGGACGACCCCGGCGAAUUUCAGCCACUUAAGCAGCAAAACGGCCAAAGUCCGAAAACCGAUAGAGUUUAAUCCAGUGAAGUUAGAUAAUCGAAGACCGCGUUCACUGGCACAUCGCGAACAAACCCGGAGAGCAGCGAAUGCGAAAAAAAAAUCUCCUUGCCAAACGGGGAAUAAAAUAUUUUUGUAUUAAGGUAGCUUUGGAUAUGUCAAUGCCAGCGCCCAGUUCUAUUCCAAAUUACGCCUGCGCUUUCUAGUCCUGCAAAAUUUUAUUAAACUCCCGUAUUUUUUUAAAAAAAAAAACAUGUACAAGACUGUAUGACGCUUUAGGUUAGCAUAAAAUAAUAUUACUAUAUAUGUAUGUGUUGUCACUGAUCAAUAAAAGAGUGUUAAAACUAUGCAAACCACUCUUUACUGCACAAUUAACAAU